AAAAGAAAGAAAUCUUUAAAAAACAAAAACAACUAAUUCUAGGUCCAAAGCGUGGGAGGGUAGCCUGUCAUCAUCUAAGUCUGGGGACCACCAGUGGGUCCCCGGAGCCACUGCAGGAGCUGACCAGUCACUGUUCUUCUUACCUGCAGCUCUGUCGAAGAUGCACUGGACACCAGAACACGCCCAGCCCCUCAACCAGUGGCCAGAGCAGCACCUGGACGUCUCCUCCACUACCCCAUCGCCGGCCCACAAGUUGGAGAUGCCUCCAGGGGGUCGCCAGCGCUGCCACUACGCUUGGGCACACGACGACAUCUCCGCCCUCACUGCCUCCAACCUCCUCAAGCGCUACGCUGAGAAGUACUCCGGAGUCCUGGACUCGCCCUACGAGCGCCCGGGCCUAGGCGGCUACGGUGACGCCGCCUUCCUCAACGGCGCCAAAGGGGACCCGGAGCCCUGGCCGGGGCCGGAGCCCCCUUACCCCUUGACAUCGCUCCACGAAGGCCUCCCGGGAGCCAAGCCGGCCGGCGGGGGUGGGUCCGCGGGCCUCGGGGGCUCCCCGGUAGUAGCCGGGAACCUGGCCGAGCCGCUGUACACGGGCAACGCGUGCGGGGGCCCAUCGGCGGCCACCGAGUACGCGACGGGCUACGGGGGCGGGUACCUGGCGCCCGGUUUGGAAGCUUUGCACACGAAGACAGCCCCCAGCUGCAGCACCUACCUCAUGAGCACGGGGCAGGAUGGCAGGCCCUCGUCUCUGAAGUACGAGGAGCAGCGCAGUGUGAACAUGUUGGAGGAUGAAGGGAGCUGA